UGUGUGCAAGUAGGGUUAUUUUUUUUUGUUUUGUUAGAAUGUAUAAUUCAUGAAAUUACAAAGAUGCCUACCCUUGAUUGACAACUCCAAAGUUGAUUGGCUCCCUUGUUAAAGGUUCCAUACUUUGCUGCCCCCUAUCUGCCACUUAAUGGUACUAUCACCAGGCAUUGAAGAGAAUGAAGUGGUGAACUGCAUACACAUGUCUCUUAAUUUAGCCUUCAUCCAUUUCCUCAUGCGUUUCCAUCACUCACAAUCCUCAGACUCUGGGAAAAGGUCUCUAAUGUUUGAAGUGCACACAAGCUAGAGUGUGACAUUUUAAUGCUAACAGGAUGUAUGUGUUCUUUUGAAGAGCUUUUGACUCCAGAUUACUAAUAGGAUUCAGUCGGUACUCUUUUGCCCAUCCCAACAGCUUAACAAGUAAGAGAAAUUGUUGAUUGUUCUACAUCCAUGUUAAGAUGCUACCACAUUUUUUGAAAUUAAGGGACUUAAGGCUGCCCAUAGUAAGAGUAUGUAAUUGUAAGAAACAUUGCAGGAGUCUUAAUACUAUCUAGACAGUGUAUGCCCAAUGUUUGGCUUUUAAUCAAGAUUUUGAUUUUAUUUUAGGUUAAAGUCAAAUCUAAUCAUUCUAUUAUUGAGUCACUUCUUUUUCCCCUCCAAGUUAUUAGUUCUUUUUUUUUUCCAUCAUUGACCUAAGACUUCCCACUUCUGACCGUAGAUGCCUGAGUUUUGUUCAAGUGGCAAACCAAUGCAGGGCGACUGGCAAGAAUAAAAAAGUAUGUUGUCGGUCUGAUUAUCAAGACGUCAUCAGAUGCAGCAACUGUUGAGAAAGAGAAGGUAUACAUUGGAAAGCUAAACAUGAUCCUGGUGCAGAUCCUGAAGCAGGAGUGGCCUAAGCACUGGCCAACCUUCAUCAGCGACAUUGUGGGUGCAAGCCGCACCAGCGAGAGCCUGUGCCAGAACAACAUGGUUAUCCUGAAACUGCUGAGCGAGGAGGUGUUUGACUUUUCCAGCGGCCAAAUGACCCAGGUCAAAGCCAAGCAUCUAAAAGACAGCAUGUGCAAUGAAUUCUCCCAGAUUUUCCAGCUCUGCCAGUUUGUCAUGGAAAACUCCCAGAAUGCCCCUCUGGUCCACGCCACAUUAGAAACACUGCUUCGGUUUCUCAAUUGGAUCCCCCUGGGCUACAUAUUUGAAACCAAGCUCAUCAGCACCCUCGUAUAUAAGUUUCUAAACGUGCCCAUGUUCCGAAACGUGACGCUGAAGUGCCUGACCGAGAUUGCCGGAGUGAGUGUGAGCCAGUAUGAGGAGCAGUUUGUCACGCUGUUUACGCUCACCAUGAUGCAACUCAAACAGAUGCUUCCUCUGAACACCAACAUCCGCCUGGCUUACGCCAACGGCAAGGACGACGAGCAGAACUUCAUCCAGAACCUGAGCCUGUUCCUCUGCACCUUCCUCAAGGAGCACGGCCAGCUCAUCGAGAAGCGCCUCAACCUGCGGGAGACCCUGAUGGAGGCACUGCACUACAUGCUGCUGGUCUCUGAGGUGGAGGAGACGGAGAUCUUCAAGAUCUGCCUGGAGUACUGGAACCACCUGGCGUCCGAGCUGUACCGCGAGAGCCCCUUCUCCACCUCUACCUCGCCACUCCUGUCUGGCAGCCAGCACUUCGACGUGCCCCCGAGGAGGCAGCUCUACCUACCUGUCCUCUCCAAGGUGCGUUUGCUGAUGGUGAGCCGCAUGGCCAAGCCCGAGGAGGUGCUGGUGGUGGAGAAUGACCAGGGCGAGGUGGUGCGCGAGUUCAUGAAGGACACCGAUUCCAUCAACCUCUACAAGAACAUGAGGGAGACGCUGGUCUACCUGACUCACUUGGACUACGCUGACACUGAACGCAUCAUGACAGAGAAGCUUCACAACCAGGUGAACGGGACGGAGUGGUCCUGGAAGAACCUGAACACGCUGUGUUGGGCCAUCGGCUCCAUCAGUGGGGCCAUGCACGAGGAGGACGAGAAGAGGUUCCUGGUCACAGUCAUCAAGGACCUCCUGGGCCUGUGUGAGCAGAAGAGGGGGAAGGACAACAAGGCCAUCAUCGCCUCCAACAUCAUGUACAUCGUGGGCCAGUACCCACGAUUCCUGCGCGCCCACUGGAAGUUUCUCAAGACUGUCGUCAACAAGCUCUUUGAGUUCAUGCACGAAACCCACGAUGGCGUGCAGGACAUGGCCUGCGACACGUUCAUCAAGAUCGCCCAGAAAUGCCGGCGACAUUUUGUCCAGGUGCAGGUGGGUGAGGUGAUGCCCUUCAUCGACGAGAUCCUCAACAACAUCAACACAAUCAUCUGUGACCUUCAGCCGCAGCAGGUGCACACGUUCUACGAGGCGGUGGGCUACAUGAUCAGCGCGAGUAACGACCAAGCCACACAGGAGCACCUGAUAGAGAAGUACAUGCUCCUACCCAACCAGGUGUGGGACAGCAUCAUCCAGCAGGCAACCAAGAACGUGGACAUCUUGAAGGACCCGGAGACGGUAAAGCAGCUGGGCAGCAUCCUGAAGACCAACGUGCGGGCCUGCAAGGCCGUGGGCCACCCCUUCGUCAUCCAGCUGGGGCGUAUCUACCUGGACAUGCUCAACGUCUACAAGUGCCUGAGCGAGAAUAUCUCCGCUGCCAUUCAGACCAAUGGUGAGAUGGUGACGAAGCAGCCUUUGAUCAGGAGUAUGAGGACGGUGAAGCGGGAGACGCUAAAGCUGAUCUCCGGCUGGGUCAGCCGCUCCAAUGACCCCCAGAUGGUGGGGGAGAAUUUUGUUCCUCCGCUUCUGGAUGCCGUGCUCAUCGAUUACCAGCGGAAUGUUCCGGCCGCCAGGGAGCCCGAAGUGCUCAGCACGAUGGCAACCAUCGUAAAUAAACUUGGCGGGCACAUCACCACAGAAAUCCCACAGAUUUUUGAUGCUGUCUUCGAGUGCACUCUGAACAUGAUCAACAAGGACUUUGAGGAGUACCCCGAGCACAGGACGCACUUCUUCUACCUGCUCCAGGCGGUCAACUCCCACUGCUUCCCAGCAUUCCUGGCCAUCCCCCCGGCCCAGUUCAAACUGGUGCUGGACUCAAUCAUCUGGGCCUUCAAGCACACCAUGAGGAAUGUGGCUGACACAGGUCUGCAGAUCCUGUACACGCUGCUGCAGAACGUGGCGCAGGAGGAGGCUGCAGCCCAGAGCUUCUACCAGACCUACUUCUGCGACAUCCUCCAGCACAUAUUUUCAGUUGUCACAGAUACGUCGCAUACUGCUGGUUUGACGAUGCACGCCUCCAUCCUGGCCUACAUGUUCAACCUGGUGGAGGAGGGCAAGAUCAACACGACCCUGAACCCCUCCAGCCCAGUCAACAACCAGGUCUUCAUCCAGGAGUACGUGGCCAACCUGCUCAAGACUGCCUUCCCCCACCUGCAAGAUGCCCAGGUGAAGGUGUUUGUAACAGGCCUCUUCAGCUUGAACCAGGACAUCCCCGCCUUCAAGGAGCAUUUGAGGGACUUCCUGGUGCAGAUUAAGGAGUUUGCAGGUGAGGAUACCACAGACCUGUUCCUGGAGGAGCGGGAGGCGUCUCUCAGACAGGCCCAGGAGGAGAAGCACAAGCUUCAGAUGUCUGUGCCCGGCAUCCUGAACCCCCACGAGAUCCCCGAGGAGAUGUGUGACUGAGCCCUCCCCCUCUCACUCACUCACUCACACACACACACACACACACACACACACACACACACAUCACAGUUUCACUCACACAUACACCUACACACCUACACAUGUACAUAAGGACACAAAUGAAAAACUAAAAUACACACAACUGAGAGUGCUAUGGCGGCACACCUUCCCUGGGCAGUGUGAGUGAGUGUGUGUAUGUGCGUACAUGCUCUUUGAUGAUUGUUUGUGUGUGUGUGUGUGUGUGUGUGUGUGUGUAUGCGUGUCGUUAAUCUGUCUUGUGGAGAGGUAAGGUCAGCACUCUGGUGGUUGUCGACCAAAACAAUGCCAAUAUGUAAAUGCUACUCACCCAGUGGCCCUUUUUACAUAGUAUGCGUUUUAUAUGGAGACCUCUGUGUAAUAUCUUUGCAUUGUUCAUUCAAGCAUACAGUUGGACACACCUGAACUAUGAGCUGCAUGAGGUUGUAAGAAUUAGACAUUUUAAACUUUUUGGUUUUGUUUGGAUUUGUUUGCCGUAACAGCUCACUGCCCCCACCUUAUUUGUAUUUGUGACGUAUGGCAGCAGGACAUCCCUUGUUUUUUUGUUUUUUUGUUUUCGUUUUGUUUUCUUUUCUUUAGCGCAAAACAAAAACUGUCUCCGGUGUCAUCUGCAGAAAUUCCCCCCUCAGUCCCAAGAUGUUGCCCACAGGAAGUGAUGUCAGUAUUUUUGAAGGGAGCGCGAAUAAGCCCUGUGCUGUGUGCCCUCCGUAGCUGCUGGUGGCAAGAGAAUGUGAUUAUGAAUGGUCUGGAAGAUGCUUCUUCUUCUUUGCCCUCACACCAUGCUCCCCCUCUUCUCCCCUCUUUUCCCCCUCCUCUCCUCUUUCUGUGGUCUUCUUCCUCUUUAGUGAUGUCAGGGUUGUGUUUGUGGCACCUUUUCUCUAGGGGACCUCUCAGCUGAGGUUGGAGGUGUGUUUGGAUUAUGUGCAUAUCAUCCCAAUUGUAUAGCAUCUUUCAUACCAUGGGAACAUAACGUUAUUGUCCUUUUUUCUUUCUUUCUUUUUUUUUUGUUUUUGUUUUGAUGGGUGUGUGCGUGUGUGCUGUCGCAUUGCCGACAUCAAGUUUCUGUUCUCCUCAAUGAGGAUUGUUGCUCAUUUGUGAGCUUUCAAUAAAUCGAAGUAUAAGAAAGUGGUUCAGAAAUAUUUAUGGGUUAAUGUAGGUUACAUCUUUAUAACAACUCAUGUUAACUCUGCUUUUUUCAGAAUGAAUUGUACUAAUUUUCAUUGUUUACCAUGCUGUAGUGCUUCAAGACACUACUUAGAGCAAAAUAAAACUCGGUUUACAUUUAAUUUUGUAUUUUUGCAUUUUCAUUUUUAUCUUUAAAUUCUGUUCAAAUAAACAAAUUGCUUUUAUCCAGAGAGGAAAAAUGUAAUUGCCAACAAUCUAAUUAGGCAAGGAAUGUAUAAAAAUCAAACACCAAUGGCUAGUGGCAGUCCCCUUCUCUAAGUGUUACAUUUGUUGUGAGACUUUUUGAACUGAUUAAAGUUGAAAGAAUUUUAUAAUCA